AAAGCGAGAGCACUGAGACAUAAAACACUUAAACACUACUCUGCUUCUGUGUAUAUAACGGCAGAGCUUUUUAUAGGAGGCAAGAGUCUUUUCUGCUGAAAUGAAAUAAUCGAAGCUGAAGUAAUUUCAAAUCCAUAUCUGAUCAUUCGUGUUUUCACGUGGAGUUUGCCAUUCAUUGAUGGACCAAAAUAUAUAAUUGAAUAAACGCGACACAAGCCAUGGCUGAAAAAACCUGAGCUACUGCAUUUAGCUUCGUUAGUAUAUAGUACAGUAUUUCUUUUUAACCUCCAAAUACAAACCAUGUAUAGAUAGGCAAUCAUGUAUUUUUGGCCUACCUUUGAAACUGCUGCUACUAUUACUAUAGUAGAAUAGUACCAUCGCUUGAUGGUAUAACUUCAGCCAACCGCUGUUUCCAAUCAACUCCCCUGCCUAUUGAAGCCCUGCGAUUACAUUCCUGUCUUUACAGAAGCGUCAUACAAUUUUCAGCGCAAAUCAAUCUAUUUGAGAUGUAGAUGUUGAUUGAAUUUCAAUUUUUUUUUACGAAACUCCUAAAAUAAGUCAAAACAAAACUUCAAAUUUCAACACCACCUUUGAAUGCCAUUAAAAACCAAUGCUAUACAAAUUUUCGAUUCACUAUAAAAAGGUGACUUUUUUAAAUUUAUGACGAUUCUGUUUAUAUCGAGCAAUUGUUGUUUCUUGUCAAAUCGCCUUAUAAGGAGAUUGUGAUAAUUACCAAGUUUUCUAGUGCUAUAACAGUUAUUCAGCCGCAUUCCUCUUAAGUUUGGCUGUCAAUUUGCCCGCAACCAGCUUUUAAUCACCAUUAUUCAAUUACGUUGCGCCAUUUUCAGUCCCCUCACUUCGAGCAGUUUGGUAAUGUCUCUUUGAAUCACCACACUAAAGCCAUUAUUCUUCAAAAGCUUCCAUUUUUCUGAAUUGGAAAGCAAUUUAAGCAUCUUUAUCUUUGAACAGUCAAGUGGUUUUGUCUCCGCUUUUCACGCUCGAAAUGGAUUAAAACCCAUAAGCAAAUCACCACUGAUUUCCCCCGCCCCUAUGCAUACUAAAAACCAUUUUGCAUAUUGCUGAGAAUCUGAAUCUAUCGCUUUUCAAUUACCAAAAUUCCAUUAUCAUUCGUUCUUACGAGCCCCUAUAAACACACCCAAAAUCAAACGAAAAAUUCCUACAAAUUCUUUUGUUUUCGAAAAAAAAUAAAUUUAAACGUCACAAAAUCAGCAAAAAGCUCCUUAUUCAGGAAGCGUUGUUUUUAAAUAUAAUAUAUCAUUCAUACUUGAUGUUAUUGUGUUUCAUAAAAGCGCGUUUUCCUUCCAUGUAUCGACCGCAAACUGCAGCAAUGGUUUUGACUGAAACUUACUCAAUUUCGACUGUUAUUGCAAUUUCAAUAGUUGAACUCUCUUCCUCUAUAUUACCUGUAAAUUAGAGUUAUUCCCCUGCAAGGAAGUUAUAACAGAAGAGUUUGAAAGGGAAACUUAGAGUCCGAUUUUUUUUUAAAUAACAAAUUUGCUCCUAUGUUUGUUCAUCCAUUUCAUCUAGCUUUAACUUGUUAACAGUCUUCAUUAUGUAAAAUUCAAACAAAUCGAUAGCUGACAAACUGUUUUAAAUCAUCAUUUACCCGUUAUUUUGACACCAAACAAGCGUCUGGCAAAAAUUAAAAUCGUCUCUGGAUUCAACCAAGAAAGGAGAUGCCAUUUAAAAAGAAGAAGAAGGAGGAGCCUCCCCCACCUUCUGUAUCGGAGGUUCCGAUUGCCCUGCAGCCUAUAGACUCCCGCAUACCCCUCACCCACGGGGAGAGAUUCACCCUACAAAAGACGUGGAAGGCCAUGAAUAGGAGGGGAAAUGAAGCCAUGAUCAUGACCUUCGCCAAAUUUUUUGCCAAAUGCCCUUCAUCAAGGCAGUACCUGUCCCGACAUCUGCAGACACUAUCCCCCAAUGACGUCACAAACCAGGACAAACUGGCAGACAGUGACGAUUUCAGCGCACAUGCAGACACUGUAUUUUCUGCACUGGACACGUGUGUGGAGUCCCUCACCGAACCGUGCAGCUUCCUGGAACACUGUCAGUCACUGAGGAACGAAGACCUCCUCAUCCCAAAGGCAGGUCAAGGAGACCUUAAGGACUUCGAGUCAUGUUUACUGGACGUAGUUGAAUACAUUCUGGAGGACCGAUACAAUGCCAAAGUGAAGGGCAUCUAUUGGAAAUUCUGGCCAUACUGCUUCAAAAUCACAUUCCCAGCCCUCAGCUGAAACUAACCCCCCCCCCCCUCUCACACCUCACGCCCUUUUUCAUCUGCAUUUUCAUUAUCUCCCGGCUCACUGCCGGCCAAAUCCACCGCGCAAACUAUCUCUUUAUAAAUAACUACUCAAUUAUGUUCGAAGUUUCUAAGCUCUUCUACUUCCUUCGAUUUCGCUUUUUGUACCAACUGAAAAUUAAGUUCAUUUAAACUGAAUGGCAUGACUUAAUAAUUGGAAGAUGAACAGACAUUAAGUACAGUUUUAUUCACAUCAAUCGAAUGAUCUUUAAACUAUGACAUUUUUCUUCUAUAAUUUGGGCGGAGCUGAAGGAAGAAGAGCUUAAAUCGCUUACAGACCAGACACAGAUUAAUUAUUUCAAGUGAUGACGAUCGAACCGUACGCUAUCUUCUAAUCGGCACAGCUCACUUUGUCUCAAAUACAAGAGUAAUCAAUCAAAAGAGUAAU